CCCUAUAUUGAAAAUGAACCGUCUUGGGGGCUUGCCCUGAUAUUUCAUCAUCCAAAUGCGAAGUUUUACGUGUACAAUACACAUGUAUGUAUGUACCUCCUCUUGUGUGACUGAAACAGCUGUGCCCAACUUUAAAUGUGUGUUACCACCUAUUGAUAUUGGUGUGGCAAUAUUUGGUCAACUCUGUCAGAUCAGUAGACUUGGGAAAUCCGUCCUCUUUGCUCAACCUAUGAAUUACCAGUGAAGAAAAUAUCAAAGUAAAUAUGUCUACAGACGGAAAAAAGCGCAGUCAGCCAGAAUGGGAAAGACCGAACGGAACACAGACGGCUCAGCUUCAACUCUUCAACAGCCUCACGCGACAGAAAGAACCAUUCGUUCCUCAAGAAAGCAAGCGCGUUUCAUGGUACAGCUGCGGCCCGACGGUCUACGAUGCAGCCCAUAUGGGACAUGCAAGAUCAUACAUAUCUUUUGACAUCUUACGGCGAGUGAUGACCAAAUAUUUCAACUAUGAUGUGACGUAUGUGAUGAAUAUCACAGACGUGGACGAUAAGAUCAUCAAGCGUGCCCGGACCAACUACCUCUAUGAUCUGUACGUGAACGAGACAAGCGAUGCUGAUCAAGUAAUAGCUGAUGUCAGACAUGCACUUGAGCCAUACCAAGCCAAGAUGAACAAGGAAACCAAUGCUGAGAAGAAAGAUAUGCUGAUGAAGAUAAUCAACAAAGUGAGGGAUUCUCUCGCCAAGUGUGAGACAGCAAAGAGCGAAGAACUUAAACAGAUUCUAUUACGAGAUGCCAAGGACCCACUAGCCGAGAUGCUCGACACCCAAAAAGGCCGGGAUAUUUCCGACAAAUCCAUCUUCUCUGCUUUGCCUCAGCAUUGGGAAGCAGAGUUCCACAGUGAUAUGAAUGCCUUAAAUGUCUUGCCUGCUGAUGUCUUGACCAGAGUCAGUGAAUAUGUCCCAGAGGUUAUCGACUAUGUCCAGAAAAUCAUUGAUAAUGGAUUCGGCUAUGAAUCCAAUGGAUCUGUAUACUUCACCACGUCAAAGUUUGACAACGACGAGAAGCACCACUACGCCAAGCUGGUCCCAGAGGCCUACGGGGAUCAGGCCGCCUUGGCCGAGGGAGAAGGGGACCUCAGCAUCUCUCCAGAUCAGCUCCAAGAGAAGCAAUCCGCCAACGACUUUGCCCUCUGGAAGAACUCCAAGCCUGGUGAACCGGCGUGGGAGUCGCCUUGGGGAAUGGGAAGACCUGGCUGGCAUAUAGAAUGUUCUGCUAUGGCUAGCAGUAUACUCGGAGAAUCAAUGGACAUCCACACAGGAGGGGCGGAUCUCAAAUUCCCUCACCAUGACAACGAACUCGCCCAGGCAGAGGCUCACUAUUGCAACGACAACUGGGUCAGGUACUUCCUUCACUCCGGCCACCUGACGAUCCAAGGAUGCAAGAUGUCUAAAUCACUCAAGAACUUCAUCACCAUCAAACAAGCCCUUGAGACGUACUCCUCGAGGCAGAUCAGGCUAGUCUUCCUGCUUCACUCGUGGAAGGACACGUUAGAUUACUCAACGGCUACCAUGGAAUGCGCAGUCCAGUAUGAGAAGAUGGUCAAUGAAUUCUUCUUGAAUGUGAAGGAUAUCAUUAACAACUCACCCAAGAGCGGCUGUGAAGCGUUCCAUAAAUGGACAACUCCUGAAAUAGCACUCAACCAACAAUACCUCGAGUGCCAAGAGAAAGUGCACAGCGCCCUCUGUGAUUCGAUAGAUACCAAGUCGGCGCUGGAUGCCAUGCGUACUGUUGUCACUCAGUGCAAUGUCUAUGUACAAGAACGAAGAGCAGUGAAGGAGAGCCCCAACGCUUUCUUGCUCGGAUCCGUUGCGAAGUACAUCACCAAGAUGUUCAAGAUUUUUGGUGCAAUAGAAGGAGAUGAUCCCAUUGGUUUUCCAGUUGGGGGAGCCUCAGAAAGCAGUAAUGUUGAGGAAACAGUGUUACCGUACCUCAAAGUGUUGGCUGAAUUCAGACAGACAAUCAGACAGAAAGCAAGGGCUCUCAAAGCCACCGAGAUCUUGCAGGUGUGUGAUGCCUUGCGAGACGAUGUUCUACCAGACCUUGGGGUCAGGCUGGAGGAUAGGGAAGGAGAGAACUCGGUAGUGAAGCUGGUCGGCAGGGAUGUCUUGAUGAAAGAGAAAGAAUUAGCCAGACAGCAAGCCGAGGAGAAGAGGAGGAAGAAGGAGGAAGCCAAGAAGAGAGAGCAAGAAAAACAAGCAGCCAAAGAAGCGCAAGCGAGGAUACCACCUCAAGAGAUGUUUAGAAAAGAGACUGAUAAAUAUUCACAAUUUAAUGAACAGGGCAUUCCGACUCACGACGCAGAGGGCAAACCACUAAGUGGCAAGCAGGUCAAGAAACUCACGAAGCUUUACCAAGCUCAAGAGAAGCUCUACAACCAGUUCAACGAAAAUUGAUGAAGUCACCAGGUUUGGCUCUGGGACAAAUUACAGUGGGGAGUCAUAUGUACAGCAUGGAGGAAGGACAGAUAAAUGCAAAUGCACAUAACUCUGCCCAAGUCGAAUCUCUUUGGACCAGAUGAACUUGUUCGACUUUAGGCAAAAUUCGACUUGGAAGGGGACAAUCGCAUUUUCGUUAAUCAGGGAGCAUUUCAUGAAAGGACUUGUCAGACGUUUUAUCCGACAAGUCCUAUGCUAUCCG